GAUUGCAAUUUAUUUAGCAACCAUUUUCUAAAUGUUUAUUAACCAGUGAUUUGUGUAAAAAAAUAAAUUAAACAGUGCUAAGGGUUUCUUUAGAAAUCUAGACUUUGAGGUCUAGUUCUGUUGUGGAUUUUAACUCUGCCAUUUGUAAAAUAUAAUUUAAAAAAAAAAAACACACACAACUAAAUACUUAAAACACACAAAAUGACGCGGCCGAAAAAAGAUAAUAAAUUAAAAGCCUUCAUGGAGGAGAACCUCUUGACCAUGCUGACGGUCAUUGGUGUCUUCCUGGGCGGUCUUAUAGGCUUCAUUAUUAAAAGCAGCACAGGCGAAUGGUCAAAACGUGAAAUUAUGUAUAUAUCAUUUCCUGGUGAAAUCUUUUUGCGUAUGUUAAAAUGUCUAAUUGUGCCAUUGUUGGUCUCAUCAAUCACCAGUGCCAUAGGUGGUCUGGACUUGAGUAUGUCCAGUAAAAUUGCCACCAGAGCCAUUGCGUAUUACUUUAUUACCACAGUCUCAGCUGUAGUACUGGGUAUUUGUUUGGUAACCACCAUAAGACCGGGACAAGGUGCUAAAAUUGUGGAAACACGUAUGGAAUCAGUGGAUAAGGCCUCUAAAGUGCUAACACCCGAUACUCUAAUGGAUUUAAUUAGAAACAUGUUCACCGACAAUAUUAUACAAUCCACCAUGUUCCAGCAUCGUACAGAAAUUUUUGAAAAUACCAGUAUUGUACCAUCCUUGCCUAUGGAACAAUGGGGUUUCAAACCCACUCAACGUGAGGGUUCUAAUGUCUUGGGUCUUGUGAUGUUCAGCGUUAUUUUGGGCACCACCAUUGGCAGAAUGCGUGAGAAGGGUCAAUUGUUGCAGGAUUUCUUUACGACAUUGAGUGAAGCUAUGAUGACCAUUACAUCCUGGGUUAUUUGGAUUUCACCUUUAGGUGUGGGCUUCUUGAUUGCUGCCAAAAUUAUUGAAAUGGACUCCAUAACCGAUACCAUACAAUCGCUGGGUUGGUACUUUAUAACUGUUAUGCUGGGUCUAUUCCUGCACGGUUUUGGUACCAUUGCUGUUAUAUUCUUCUUGGGCACGCGCCGUUUACCCUAUCCCUACAUUGCUAAACUCAGUCAGGUCUUGGCCACAGCAUUUGGCACCGGUUCCAGUUCAGCCACCAUGCCCUUGACCAUCAAAUGUUUGGAUGGCAUGGGUAUUGAUCCUCGUGUAACACGUUUCGUUAUACCCGUGGGUGCCACCAUCAAUAUGGAUGGUACGGCUUUGUAUGAAGCGGUGGCGGCUCUUUUCAUUGCCCAAUACAGAGAGAUGAGCUAUUCGUUUGGCACCAUUGUGGCGGUUAGUAUUACGGCCACAGCUGCCUCCAUAGGUGCGGCCGGUAUACCACAAGCUGGUCUUGUAACAAUGGUAAUGGUAUUGGAUACCGUAGGUUUGGAACCUAAAGAUGUGUCCCUCAUUAUAGCCGUUGAUUGGCUGCUAGAUCGUUUCCGUACCACCAUUAAUGUUAUGUGUGAUGCUUUGGGUACAAUUUUAGUGAAUCAUUUAUCCAAAAAGGAUUUGCAAAAUGUAGACAGAUUAAAUGCUGAACCCCAUGAACUGCUGGAAUUAGGAGCCAAUGGCCAUGACAAGGAAUAAGAUAUCUAAAACAGCACUACAAUCACAGCAUAGUCAGUCAUUCAAAGUAGCAGAAUUUAGUUAUUUGUAACUUAAACAGAAAAGAAACAGAAACACGACGUGCUGCUUAGUUAAGCAAUUUAUUUUUGUACAGACAGAUGUGUUCGCUCCAUUCCAGAAGCACGUGUCUCUUGUCUUCUCUAAAAUAUGUUUAAAAAAAUAUACCCCAGAAUACAAAACUUUUAAUUUUAACUUUUGUGCUCUUUUCAAAAUCUUACAUUUAACAAAAAGUACAACUCUCACGAAUUUCCUUUAAAUUUAGCCAACAUUAUAUCUGCCCUUCUUCCAAGUCUUAAAAAGAAAAAAAUUGAAAACAUCUCAAACCGAAAUUCAAUUACCAAACCCACAAAAAUAUUUACAAUGUAAAUAUAUUGAUAAAAAAAAUAUAAAAAAUAAAUAAUUUGUAUUUAUAGCAAAAGAAAUUUAAUAAAAACAAAAUAAUUGUCAAGUAAGAAUGUUAUAAUUUAAACAAAUUAUAUUAUUAAUUAAUUAAAUUAGCAAUUAAUGAUUAUUAAAUAAAAUAAAAGUAAAAAAAUUGCCAAAUAAUAACAAUUUUCUGUUACAUUGUCAACUCCCCCACCAAAACAAAAAGGAAAACACGAACGAGUUCAAAUUUAAAUGCAAAAUAAAACUUUAAAGCUUUUUUAAAAACAAAAGUUAUGUGGAAAGGCCCUUAAAAGCUAUAAAAGCUUUAAAGUUUAUAAUAAUAUUUGUUUUUGUAAAUACAUACUUAAUAGUUUAAGUAUAAAAUAAAAGAAAGAAAAUAAAUGACAAUAAAUUGAAAAAACAAACUUAGUUUCAAAUCAGCUUAAAUAAAAGAAAAUUGUUUAAAUGCAACAAAUUGCCUAUAAAAAUACACAAACAAACAACUAAAUAUUAAUUUUUAAUUGAUUCAAUUCUUAUACAUAAAAAGAUACAUACAUAUUUAUAAUAUACCAACAAUUAUAUCCAAAAAAUACUUUUUAGUUUUGUUACAUUUGAUAUUUAUAAUAAUUACGAAAUUUGGAAGCUUAAAAAAACUUCUAUGAAAUCCCAAAUUAAAAAAACGUUAUAAAUAAACAUUAUAAUAUACAAAACAUACCUACAUAUACAUAUUAAUUAACAUCAUUAUUACCAAAAAAAAUUGAAAGAAAAAAAAUCUGAUAUAAAACUAAAAUGUUAUUCAAUAUUUUUUCUAGCUGUGUAGUUUACGUUCUCAAAAUAAAAACUGAAAAACAAUUAACAAAUAAA